UGAUGCCUCCAUUGCAAAGGACCCGAUUUGCAUGAUCAGCUCCAGCAAGCCUAGGGACCGAAACACACUGGCACGCAAGCAGUCGGCCCUCUUCGCCAAGGCGACCGCGCCGCUCAAACAGGUCGGCAUGAUGUGCUUCAUGGCGUGGAUGUUUGGCAACACCAUCCAGAUCUUUAGCAUCUUCAUGAUGUUUAACCUCAUCGCCGCGCCCAUCUCAGCUAUUAUGAGCUCCGGAGACGUGUUCCCCCGGGACGAGGAGUGGAAGCAGCUGGACGUGCUCACGCCGCGCCUUCUGUACUGCCUCGUGCACUCCGGACAACUCAUAUUCGGGCUGUACAAACUGAGCGCCAUGCGGCUGCUGCCCAGCGCUUCAUCCGACUUCAUCUCCACCAUGCCCGUACCGUCGGUGUUGGAACACGCGUAUCCAGCCUUGUAGGCUGCGUGAGUGGCAUGCAUGGAGGGGAGCCAACACUGGAACUGGGGUUCGGAGCUGACGGGUUUGGCGUCAAUGUCAUGGAGUGUGCGACGCUAUGCUGAGGGAUGGUCCUGGCGGCCAGUGUUUUCCGCAAGAUGAACUACCGCGUUUUGCUGCUUCUGGCUCCUGACAAGUACGCAAAGAGGCGUGAAUUCUAGUCGGCUCUCGGGCGCGCAGGUGUGCGCCUACGUGCAACGCUUGGCCUUUGCAAGCCGCAAUAUCUCGUGUAAAAUAACAAGGGA